AUGUCUUCAUUAGCUCUUGGCAGAACUGGUCUCUGGAAGUACUUGUGUGUCAUGCCUGUUCUUGAGGAAGGUGUAGUAUUGCCUUUGAACCCUCCUAUUCUGAGUUCUGGUCAAUUUCAGAGUUGGUCUGCCGCUUAUUCCAACAGAAUGCCAUCUGUCUUCUAUGACAGCUGCCACAGGCGUGGGCUGAUUCUGGCUGUUCAGAGUUACUUCCAGCUCACUUUCACAUUUGCACUUGCUGCACAACACUACCCCAGCCGAGAUGGUUGCCUUUGGCCUUUGAUUAGCUUCUCUUGUGACUCUUCUGCCUGUACUGGAGCUACCCUCUGUUGUUAG